AUGUAUCAGGCUCGUCAUACGCUCAGUCAACCGCAACUACUAAGCACAUUGCUCCUAAUUUCUGAUACGGAUCCUGACAUUGGUGGGCAAGCCAAUGCUUUGUUGAAAAAUCUGGAAGAAUUCAACUUCGUAUUUGACCUGCUAUUACUGAAGAGAGUUCUAGCACAAUGUGACAUACUAUCAAAAACUCUUCAGUCAAGCAGUGUUACCUACGAAAUUGUGAAAUCUGUAAGAAACAGCACACUUGAAGUAUUGAAAUCCUUUAGAACAGAUGAGUUUUUCUCAAAGUUGUUCAAUCACUCUACAGAAAUCGCUGACAAGUGCGGAUUUAGAGCUGCUCAGCUACCAAGACAGGGAAAAAUCCCCUCGAGAAUUGGGGGAGGGAGUAAAGCCCCAUUUGAAUCUGUAGAGCAGUACUACAAAAUUUCAAUUGUCUGGCCAGUUAUUGAUAUCCUAAGCGAGGAGAUAGAGGCCAGACUUCAAGAAAACAACCUGGAUGUACUUAACAAUCUAAGCAAAGUUCUAGGUGGAACUGAUGAAGAUACAGCCAGUGUUAAGUAUGUGUGUAAAUAUUACAAUUUAGACAAUGAACAUCUUUUGUCUGAAUUGAGAUGUUUCUAUAAAAUGGAAGAAUCAAGAAACACAACUAUUCAAGAAAGAGCUGACAUUUUUGUACAAAAAUCUUUAAAAAAUGUGUUCCCUAUGCUUUUUAAACUUUUUCGUCUGUUUUUCACGAUUCCAAUGAACUCGGCAUCUUGUGAGAGGUCUUUUUCGUGCUUGCGACGGUUAAAAACAUACACCAGAAACAAGAUUGGCCAGGAGAGGUUGUCCUCGUUAGCACUUUUGGCUAUUGAAAGAAGUAUUGAAGUAAACAUUUCCAAAGUAAUCGACGACUUUAAUUUAAGCCAGAAGAGAAGACUUAAUUUUGUGUAA